AUGUCUACGUUAAACCCCAUCCACUCCCGGCUGUCUGCUAUCAAGUCGCACCAGUCACAAGUGAGGGUGAUCGAUGCGACCCAGGCUGCCGGCGACGAGGAUCUGCUGAAGGAAAUCGGAUACAAGCAGGAACUGAACCGGAAAUUCAAGACCUACCAGAUCUUUGGUAUUGCCUACAGUGUUAUGGGCAUUUUGCCCGGCGUGGCCUCUGUUUCGUCCAUCGGGCUUGCUGGUGGUCCUGCGGCUUUUGUCUGGGGCUGGUUUGUCACCUCGAUUAUGAUUUUAACUAUUGCUGUUGCCAUGAGUGAAAACGGGUCCUGUUUUCGUACAUCAUCGGCAUGA